AUGGCUGGAGAUGUUCCUUCUGCGAAGCAACUCGACAACGAGUGGUCUGCCAAAGUAUAUGCUUACAUUCUCUGUGGCUUGAUUGCAGUCUUCAUUGUCGACAGAUGGGCAUCAUUCAUACUUGGCAAACAAUUUCGACAAGAUUCUGCAUCUGGCAACUGGUCAUCUGUUUAUUUUUAUUUGAAGUCUUUCUAUCUUAAACUACGAAGAGUCGUCGUACGCAGCUGCCUUGGGUUUCCUUCGGUCGGCCAUGCUAUUCUCGUUGCUAUUUAUGUCAUCAUCAACGUGAUUCUCACGUUCGUUCACCUGGAAUAUGAUAAGACCAAUUAUUAUGCGGCCAGGUUUGGUUGGAUGGCCACAGCUAAUUUUGCAUUCAUUGUCUUCCUGGCUCUGAAGAACACCCCCCUCGCAUUCUUGACGAAAUACUCGUACGAACGUCUCAACUUUCUUCACCGCGUUGCUGGCUACACGACCGUUCUCUUCAUGUUGCUACAUACUGCAGCUUACAUCCGACACGAAGUUGCCAAAAACAAGCUAGAAAAGCUCAUCGAGAUUGAUAAUGUGUGUGGCAUCGUUGCCGGUUGCGCCAUGUUGGUUAUAGCCAUGACGGCCCUCCUCUUCAUGGAGCGAACCUAUGAGCUAUUCUACGUGGCCCACAUUACCCUAUUCAUUGUUGCGACCAUUGCCACUGGUCUUCAUCGACCCGAAUGGAUCGACAGAAUACCCAUUGUCAUGAUUUUGAUUGCUGGGGCUUGGACUCUCGACCGUUUGACUCGGUUUGCCUGGAUGGUGGCGCGCUCAAUCAACAACGAAGCCCGCCUCGAGGCGCUGCCAAGUGGUGGGACAAAGGUGAUUCUGAAGAAAUCACUCAAGAAUGCUGCACCGGGUACUCAUUGCUUUCUGUGGAUCCCCCGUGCACAGCUCUUUGAAACUCAUCCCUUCACCAUUGUAUCCAAUGGCCCGGAUGGGCUUGAACUGGUAGCAAAGGCGCAUGAUGGUUUUACCAAGUCCUUGAACGAGCUCGCAAACAAGGAAGGCAAACAAGUGAGCCUCUACGCAAGUGUUGAUGGCCCAUAUGGAACGUGUCCCAAUCCUUCCGCCUACGACCGGCUAGUACUCGUGGUUGGUGGUACUGGCGCAACCUUUGCGUUUGGCAUGAUUAUGGAUUUGCUACAACGACAGUCUGAACAAGAUAGCAAACUUCAAAUUCAUCUAGUUUGGGCCGUCAGGCAUGUUGAUGACGUUGCGUGGGCCGCGGACCACGUUCGGGCGCUGCGUGCCUAUGGCUCCAGAGUAUGUCUCGGCAUUUAUGUCACUCAAGACAGGCCACUGGCCUCCAACAGCGAUGGACUUGAAGAGAGUACAAAUACCACGGCUUUGGAUUUGUUCCAAUACUUUACUGUCUACGAGGGUACAGAAAGAAGUUUGCCUCCAACGGGUGAGAAGCACGGCCAAAAUGAGAAUGCCGCCUCAACAGAUGAUCUGGACGGGUGGAUUCAGGAGUCCAAGCAAGAAGGCGCAACAGUUUGGGCAUUGGUUUAUGGAAAGCUCAGGUUGAACAAGAUCCUUCCAGAGCUUGUCGCUGGCGCCAAUGUAAAUCAACGCAUACUCAUUGGGGUCUGCGGUCCAACUGGGAUGACUGCAACGUCUCGGGAUGUUGUCUCUCCGUUGAUGCAACCGAAUGGCCCGAGCAUAGAUCUGCAUUGUGAAAGCUUCGGAUGGUAG